CUUCACCCUUCACUCUUUCCUUCACCACUGCGGCUUCUCUAGGGUUGUGUCUGCGACUUCGUUACCCACAAAAGGAGAAUAGUCCUGCUCGCCGGCCGUAACAACAGCAGCCAUGGCUACUAAAGUCCAGAGGAUCAUGACCCAACCGAUCAAUUUGAUCUUUCGGUUCCUCCAGAGUAAAGCUCGUAUACAGAUAUGGCUGUUUGAGCAGAAGGAUUUGAGGAUUGAAGGCCGCAUAAUCGGGUUUGAUGAGUACAUGAAUUUGGUUCUUGAUGAGGCUGAGGAAGUCAGCAUAAAGAAGAAAACCAGAAAGGCUCUGGGCAGGAUUUUGCUGAAAGGGGACAACAUUACCCUGAUGAUGAAUUCGGGAAAGUAGUGCCGAGCAUUUGCAUGAGGGUAGGCAUUCAUAGAGGUUCUGGAUUAUGUUUGAUGAAUGUUAAUUAGGGACAUGGGUUGUGUUGGCGUUUUUAGAUAUUUGUUUAUGUAAGCACCAAACUGCAGGAAAUUUGACAACUGAGUAUGCUUUAUCAACUCAUGCAGCGUCGUCACAAUGCUAUAUAUCCAGUCACAAUUCUAUUUACAGUAGUCAAAUCAUCUCC